GUAGUUUUUAACUCUGCUCAGUGUCAAUGUUAAGAAAACGUAACACUUUGUAGCAAUAUAUUUAUUUAAUUUCAUUUUGUAAAGUUAGUUAAACAAACUUGGGCCAUGGAAGACCAGUUUGUGUCAACAGUUGUCGAACUGUUCCAUAAGGGUGACUGGAAAUCAAUAGUGAAGAAGUACCACAGCGACCCAGUGAGAAACACGUUAUCAUGGGUGUUUCCGAGCGAAGAUAAUUUUCAAUUUAUUAAUAGAAAUUUAGCAAAACUAAAGUGCGACCAAGUUUUGAGUAUCGGCUGCGGAAGUGGCUUAUUGGAAUGGAUACUGAGCCAAGCCACUGGCAUACCAGUGAGAGGCAUAGAGGUGGACGGUACUUGGUGGAAGAGUAAAUAUGCCCCGGCUACCUUUAUCGACUUCCUGAUCACGUCUCCGGCCUUGGACAAAGAGACAAUUCAUAUUUUGAGCAAUUCCGACUCUACGGCUAUAUUAUUUUGUUAUUUUAACGACGGCGAUGCUUUUAGAGGCUAUUUAAAGUACUUUUCUGGUCGCGUACUAAUUAUAAUUGGGCCAAACAAACACGGCGUUCAUACGAACCCGAAGCCCUUCGAAGACGUCGGGCCGGAGUGGACUUUGUGGGAUUCGCAGGAAGUCCGCGAUAGCCAAGACUUUAUAGCUAUUUAUCUUAAAAGCAAUGAUUAAACUUUUUUAAAUAAAUAA